AUGAAUCUGAGCUCUGUAAUAAGAGGAAGACCCAGCACUAGUAGCAAUAUUGAGGAGGACAUUCAGGCAAAAAAAAAACGGGGUCCAACUCAGUGCGUUCCAGAUAAGGAUAUCAGGACUGAUAAUGUUGGUCACUGGCCUGGAUAUUUGGAGGUAGUUCAUGAAGCAUUUUUAUCAGAAGGAGGCGAGCAAUGUAUAUCAACUAUAAGGCAGGGUAUAACGGAUACAAUCGCAGCUAUGCAGACGGAAGUAGGACGGAGAUCAUUAGAAGAAGCUUACAGGCUAUGUUCACCGUUGAACUACGACAACCAUUUCGAUCUGGGCUAUUUCUCCGGUCUCAUCACGUGGACAUUUUCUACAUCGGUGCAGCAAGCGCGCCCAGGCACCCUGCUGAACAUCUGUAACAACUUCGCCACUGAUGCCUACGGAGUGACUCCAAUGCAGAAAAUCGGCGGUUACAUUGCAGCGAUCCGUAACUUGGGAAAUUCGUGUUGGUCGGCUAGUUACGAAGCUUUUCUCAACGCUUACAAUGCUACGAGAUCAAAUUCUCGGGCAUGGUAUUACCAGACGUGUACGGAAUACGGGUACUAUCAAAUUGCACCAAGCUCCGGUACAGUAUUCGAUCAGUUGAAGUGGUUGGAUGUUGCUUUUUAUGUUGAUGUUUGCAAGCAAAUUUUUGACCAGAGGUUUGAUGAAAAGUUUGUAUACGACGCUGUGGAUCGCGUAAACCUGAUAUUUGGCGGCUUAAAGCCCGAUGUGAACAACACUAUUAAUAUCCAUGGAAUGAUCGAUCCGUGGCGUGCACUUGGUGUUUAUGAUGAAGAUUUGAAAGAAGGCUCUCCCACUUACACCAUUCCUAGGGCAUCACAUUGCUUCGACAUGCAGGGCUGGUUAAGCACAGAUACGAUCAGAAUGACUCAUGCCCAACAAGCAGCAAGGAGACUGGUCUCAAGGUGGCUAUCGGCAUAA